GUGGCGAUGGGGGCCGCCCGGAUCGCGCCCGGCCUGGCGCUCCUGCUCUGCUGCCCGGUGCUCAGCUCCGCAUACGCGCUGGUGGAUGCGGAUGACGUCAUGACCAAGGAGGAACAGAUCUUCCUGCUGCACCGAGCCCAGGCCCAGUGUGAGAAGCGGCUCAAGGAAGUCCAACUGAGGCCAGCCAGCAUAAUGGAGUCAGACAAGGGAUGGACCUCUGCGUCCACCUCAGGGAAGCCCAGGAAAGACAAGGCAUCUGGGAAGCUCUACCCGGAGUCCGAGGAGGACCAGGAGGUGCCCAGUGGCAGUAGGCCCCAAGGGCGUCCCUGCCUGCCUGAGUGGGACCACAUCCUGUGCUGGCCUCUGGGGGCACCAGGUGAGGUGGUGGCUGUGCCCUGUCCUGACUACAUUUAUGACUUCAAUCACAAAGGCCAUGCCUACCGACGCUGUGACCGCAAUGGCAGCUGGGAGCUGGUACCUGGGCACAACAGAACAUGGGCCAACUACAGCGAGUGCGUCAAGUUCCUGACCAAUGAGACUCGUGAACGGGAGGUGUUUGACCGCCUGGGCAUGAUCUACACUGUGGGCUACUCCGUGUCGCUGGCCUCCCUCACCGUGGCGGUGCUCAUCCUGGCCUACUUUAGGAGGCUGCACUGCACGCGCAACUACAUCCACAUGCACCUGUUCCUGUCCUUCAUGCUGCGCGCAGUGAGCAUCUUCGUCAAGGACGCGGUGCUCUAUUCGGGCACCGCGCUUGACGAGGCGGAGCGCCUCACCGAGGAAGAGCUGCGCGCCAUCGCCCAGGCCCCGCCGCCGCUCUCUGCCGCUGCCGGCUACGCGGGCUGCCGGGUGGCGGUGACCUUCUUUCUUUACUUCUUGGCCACCAACUACUACUGGAUUCUGGUGGAGGGGUUGUACCUGCACAGUCUCAUCUUCAUGGCCUUCUUCUCAGAGAAGAAGUACCUAUGGGGCUUCACAGUCUUCGGCUGGGGUCUGCCCGCCAUCUUCGUGGCCGUGUGGGUCAGUGUGAGAGCCACCCUGGCCAACACCGGGUGCUGGGACUUGAGCUCUGGGAACAAGAAGUGGAUCAUCCAGGUGCCCAUUCUGGCCUCCAUUGUGCUCAACUUCAUCCUCUUCAUCAACAUCGUCCGGGUGCUUGCCACCAAGCUGCGGGAGACCAAUGCCGGCCGGUGUGACACGCGGCAGCAGUACCGGAAGCUGCUCAAAUCCACACUGGUGCUCAUGCCGCUCUUCGGUGUCCACUACAUCGUCUUCAUGGCCACGCCGUACACCGAGGUCUCAGGGACGCUCUGGCAAAUCCAGAUGCACUACGAGAUGCUCUUCAACUCCUUCCAGGGAUUUUUUGUCGCCAUCAUAUACUGUUUCUGCAAUGGCGAGGUUCAGGCUGAGAUCAAGAAGUCUUGGAGCCGCUGGACACUGGCAUUGGACUUCAAGCGGAAGGCACGCAGUGGGAGCAGCAGUUACAGCUAUGGCCCGAUGGUGUCACACACGAGUGUGACCAAUGUAGGCCCCCGCGCGGGACUCGGCCUGCCCCUCAGCCCCCGCCUUCUGCCCGCUGCUACCACCAACGGCCACCCCCAGCUGCCCAGCCACACCAAGCCAGCGGCCCCAGCUCUGGAGACCACAGCACCUGCCAUGGCCGCUCCCAAGGACAAUGGGCUCCUCAAUGGCUCCUGCUCAGGGCUGGACGAGGAGGCCUCUGGACCUGAGCGGCCUCCCGCCCUGCUGCAGGAGGAAUGGGAGACAGUCAUGUGACCGGGGAUCUGGGGGUUGGACCUGCGGACACAAGGGCAGAUAGACAGGUGGACCAAGAGACAGGUGGUUGGACAGUUGCCCACUCAGGGCUGGAGCCAGGAGGAAUAAGUGGAAAAAAAAAAAAAAGGAAAAGGAAGCAGUGUGUGGCUUCCUGUGGUCUGAGAGGGGACUCAUCCCAGGAGGAGAGGGGACUGGGAGUCAUGGGAGAGUCUUGGGGAGGGGGCACAGUCCAGCAGAAGAGGCCUGGGAGGCGCUGCGUUCAGGGCCCAGAGAGGUUCAAGUUUGCAGGGUCACAGCGGCCGAGGGCAGCCAUGCAGGAAUCAGGCCUCAUCAUUUCUCUGCCACCCAUUGCCACCUCGGCCGCUUACCACACUCAUACCCAGGCCUCACAAGGGACCCAGGCUGCCCUUGGCCUGGGCUCCUGGUCCAAGCCCUCCGCCUACUGGCCUCAAUCACUGUCCCCCCAGGAUCCCUCACCCCACAAGCCUGAGGCCCUACCACAGAGUGAGCCCUUCCCUGGCUGCCUGGUGCCCACACUGUGCCCCUUGGAGGCUGGGGCCACUCAGGGAGCCCUCUAUGUGUGAUUUCCAGCCUCCACCCUGGACCUGACACACCUCCAGUAACCAGAGAGAGGGUGUGGAGGUUGUCCAGGGGCAGCACGUCAAAGGUGGGCUGAGGUCUCUGCCCUGGCUUGGGAACUGUGGGUGCUGCAGGGUUGGGUGUGCAGGCAGGUCCACUCACUAGGUACUGGGCAUCGCCACCCAGUAUCUGCCUACCAUCUUACUCACCCGCCCUUGAACGCUUCCCUCCAUAGCCUUAAGCCACUUGUGAGGCCUGGAAUGGGACAGCCCCUCAGCCUGACUCCCUGAGGACUGAUCCAGCUAGAUCACCACCCCAAGAUUUGGCCAGAACAAGUUUCUUGCUCAUGCCCCAAGGCUGGUGCCUCUGUCUGGCCCUCCCUGCCCCUCAUCUCCAGCUCAUACUGCCUGCUCUUCUUGGACACAGCAUCCAGGAAGUGCUCCCCAUCUCCAUUGGGCCCCUGUCCCCACCCCCAAUAACGUGGGUGAGGGGCCAUGAGGCCCAGGACGACAAAUUUGCAUAGGCAAUGCGUCCAGCCCCAGCUGCCCUUCCAUGUGGCCGG